AUGGCGGAUCAGAUCAAAAUCCUUUCAGUGGUCAAAGAGGAGAAUCAACAAGGACCGAUUGAAUUUGAUGGGAAUGAGGGAGAGCCGAGUACAAGUAAAAUCGGGGAUGAGCCACACGAGAACGGCAAGCUCACAGAUCCGAAAAUGGAGGCUGACGGGGAAUCGGAUGAAGAGGACGCACUUCAAGAAUCAGCUGCUGCUUCUAAAGAGGCUCGUUCCUCUCUCCAAUCCGAUCCCUCGUUCGCCACGAUUGCCUCGUUUCUCAAUCAAUUCGGCGCACUGCUCACGAUGAAACCGCUAUCAUUCGAGAAAUUGGAAAGCCUUUUCUUGAACAAUGAAUCUGAUGGAUCUUUAAACAAAGAACUUGUUGAUUUACACGUGACAUUGUUGAGAAGAAUUCGCUACAAUGGAGUUCGAUCGGAGAUGCUCGGGAAAUUUCUCUCUAAAUUUUGCGAAUUCAUUCCCGCACUUGAUGCAGAGUAUCUACAAUUGUCGAGAUACGGUUACGCGAAUUUGUCCUUAUCCAGUCGAUUGGCCAUCCUCAAAUCGCUUUGUGAAGCACAGUUUGACUAUAAUUUGAAAUUUCGUGAAACGAUUCAAAACGAGUGUCGUGGCUGUGAGCUUCGUCUUCUCCCGUUAGGAAUCGAUAAAAAUGGCCUCGCCUAUUGGUAUCAACAGGAUUCCGAUUUCAAUAUCCGAAUCUACACGGAAGAACAAGAGGAUUUAGCUGGUUGCACUUGGAAUUUGAUUGCUCAAAAAUCCGAUGAAUUCGAUGAAAUCUUUGAAAAGCUGAAACAAGAAGAUUUGGGAUAUAAAAAGAAAGAAUCCGAUGGAAAAGAGAAGAAAGAAGUGAAGACACACGAUGAGAAUGGGAAGCUCAUUGUUUCACUUAAAACUGGCACUUUUAUCGAUGUUUAUCAUGAUGAUCAGACGAUGAAGCAACGAAGAGAGAAACGAGCUAAAGAGAAGGAGGAACGCCGUCGGAAGAGAGAAGGAGUACCAGAGAAAGGAAAUGAAGAAAGGAAAAGAAAGAAAGAUGAAACUGAUGAUGAAGAAGAGGAGCAAAAAGAGGAUGAGAUUCCGAUGGAGCUUGGUGAUCGUCGAUUGUUGCCUAGGCGAUCAGCAAGAGCAGCGGUUGAAGCUCUUCACAAAAUGGCCACUCCACAAAGAAAGUCCGUGAAGAAAAAAGUGAACAAUGUAAAGGAUGAGGAAUCGAGAUCAAGAGAAACGUCAAAGGAUGCUUCUGAAUCCGAAGAAGAUGAAGAUGAAGAGGAAGAAGAUGGAGAAGACGAUGAUGAAGAUGAGGAUGAUGAGUUUAAACUUGCGGAAAAGAAGAAUAAAACUGGAAUCAAACGGAAACGUCGUCCUAAACAAGUGGAGGCUUCUGAGUCUGAAAGCGGUGAUGACGAGGAAGAAGUGGUCAAGGAGCGCAAAAAGGCGAAUGAGGAGUCGAACUGUAAAAAAUGUUUGAAGAGUGAUCGGUGGGAUGUGCUACUCCUUUGCGAUAACUGUGACGACGCGUGGCACACCGAUUGUCUCCAUCCACCGCUAUGGUAUGUGCCUGAUGAUGAUUGGUUUUGUCCGAAAUGUCUUCACGGAAUGCUCAUCGCACGCUUUGAACUCGUCAAAUCCGAUCGUGAGAAAUCGCUGAAAACAAAACAAUCAACGGAUGCAAAAAAACGAUCUGAAGCUGAAAGACUGAGAAGAGAAAUGGAAUACAUUGGGAUCUCCAUUAAAAAUAUUAUCCCGGUUAUGCAAAAGGGAAAUUCUCAAUAUUCAUCUGGAUCUGAUUCUGAUGAAGAGGAAGAUGAAGAGGAUACGAGAAAAAGGAAAAGCAAAUCAAAAGCAAUUAAGAGAAUCGCUCCAAGAAUUCGAUCGACUUUUGAGAGACAAGUAUUAGCUACAAUUGCUGAGGGAAGGACAAAAAGGAGAACGGCUGCGAAUAUCGACUACAGUUUUGCCGAAUAUGAGAAUUUGAUUAAAGAAGCUGUUGAGAUUGAGGAAGGAGGACCGAAACCGCAAAGAGAUGAGGGGCAAGGUCGUCCAACUGGUGGAAUGGGGAAUAAAGAUAUGAAUAACAUUAUCGAAGCAGAAAAGAGACGAACAAGUAAUGAAGAAGAGGAUGAAGAACAAGAACAAGAAGAAGAAGAACAAGAAGUACAAGAGGAGAAUAAAGAGGAGAGAGAGGAACAAGAUGAAGAAGAGGAGGAAGAUGAUGGAGAACCGAGGAGAAAGAUUGGUCAAGAUCCAUUACGAGGGAAGGGUAAGAAAAAGAAGACAAAAAAACGAUUGAACGAUUUGGAUUCGGAUCCAGAAGAGAGUGAUGUCAGCGAGUACAGGGCAAGCGAGGACUCUGAGCCUGAAGAGGAGAAUGAUUUGGCAUCGGGAUCUGAAUAUGUUCCGUCUGAUCUUGAGGGAAGAAAGAGACGAACUGGGACAAGGAGGACAAGGGGAUUCAAUGGCCCAACAGCUAGUGAUGAAGAGUUUGUUGUUAGUGAAUCUGAUGGAAGUGAUCUUGGUUAUCGAGGUAGAAGAGAAAAGGAAAGACGAGAAAAGGGACAAAAGAAGAAAAAAGGAAAGUACGAUAGUCUAUCAGAGGAAGAAGAUGACAGUGAAUGGUCGGAUGAUUCGACAAAGAAAACAAAGAAACGAGUAGCUAAAGGAAAAGCACUAAAAGAUAAGGAAAGGAAGAGGAAAUGGGAGAAUUCGGAUGAAGAGGAAGAAGAAGAGGAAGAAGAGGAGACGGAGGGAAGUGAAGCGGAGAGGAACAAGAGGGGAGGGAGAAUGAGGAAAGCGGCUGCUUGGGCAACAAAGAAAACGGCGACAAUAGAAAAAGAAGAAGAUGAGGAAAGUGAAGAAAGUGAGGAAGAAGUGGUUGAGGAAGAGGGAAAUGAUGAUGUCGGGGAAGAAGAGGGAAAUGAUCAUGUGGAGAAAGAGGAGGCAACAAAAUCGACGAAAAAGAAGGAGAAAUCACCCAAAAAGGAGACAAAGCCACCACCAAAAGGCAGAAAGAGGAAAGCUGAAUCUAGCGAUGAAUUCACUCCAGAAGAAGACGAGGGUGAGGAUGAAGAAGAAGAUGAAGAUGAGGAAGAAGAACAAAAAGAUCGAGAUGAUGAAAGUGAUGGAAGUAGUAAAGAUGAGCGUCCUCCUCCGACGCAGACGCAGAAAAAGACGCAAAUUGUGGCCGAUACAGAGAGAAGGGCACCACCACCGAAAGCCGGAUUGAAUAAAGUGACUCCUGGAAGCUCCAAAAAGAAGUCACCAAUGAAAUCUCCUUCAAAAUCGCCACCAAAGGCGAAAGCUUCUCCGCCAAAAGUUGUAAAAAAGGAGGCAACACCUGAGAAAAUGAAAGAAAAAAGCAAUGAACCAUCCCCAACUCCAUCAAAUGAACGACCCAACAGUGCCGGGGAAACGAAAACGAUCGCCAAUCUGCAAAAAGUUCCACCGAUUCCCCCGUCAACCACAGCUAGAGCUCCACCGACCGCUCCACCGACCAAUGUCUAUGCUCAACCACCGACUGGAUCAUAUGCCGGACGUGGAUAUUAUCCACCACACUCAAUGCAUCCUGGGAUGCCAUCAGAUCCAUAUCGUGGCGGCCCAGCACCAAGAGGAAUGCCCGUCUAUUCUCCGUAUGGAAAUCCUCCAUCAAACCCGUAUGCUCAACCCCAGCCACCAAUUGUCACCUACUCCGUCCAACCGUCCACUCAACAACAUCCACCAAUGACUUCUCAACCUUCAGAUCCCUAUUCUCAACCUCAGCAACAAGCACCUCCAACAACCCAAGCCGAUGAUGGGAGCCUUGGCGGAGCACUCGCCAGUGCAAUGGGAACCGAUUAC